AUGAUUAUGUGCACUCUUUGUGAGAACUAUUUAAUAGAUGAUAUUGUUAUUCUUAUACAGUGUGGACAUCUUUACCAUAUAGAUUGCUUGAACAGACAUAACGAAUAAAAUUAUACAAAAAAAUGCUUUAAUUGCUAAAAUGAGACUGACUCCAUCUAAAUUCAAUUUUUAAUACAUUAACCUGAUAAUAUUGUUGAUUAGUAGUUUAAUUAAUUAAAGAUUAAGAGUAAAUCUGUCUUAUCAAAAAUUGAAUAAGAGAUAGAGCUUUUAAUUAAAAAUUAUAAAUUCCUCUUGUUGGAUUAUUACAUGAUUGUAAGUGAUCUGUAAUAGCUCACUUCAGAUAAGAAUUGGCAAAUUAGAUAUCAAUCAUUAAGUUCGAAGAGCAAAGCAGAUAGUAAUUUUUAUGAUUAAGAUUUAUUUUUAUCCUUCCAAUAAUAAAGUAAUUGGAAUAAAAAAGAAUAAGAUUUCUAUUAAAAUAUGUUAAAUAAAUAUAAUAAAAUAUAUCUUAAGAAGAUUGACUAUUAAGCAAUUAGUAACUAUUUUGAUAAUAUUGAAAAUUAGAAUGAUAUUCUUAUUUAUUUCAAAGAUAUUUGUUAAAUAUAAAACUAGGAUGAAAAUUCAUAUGAUAAAAAUUUAAGGUGCUUUUAGCUUUAGAUUAUUUAAAUACAAAAUAAACUUAAGAAUAUUGAAGAAUACUUAAACCUUAUUCAAAAGGUUAUAAAAUAAUAAACAAGUAUUGAUAAACUAUGCACACUUUGUUCUGAUAAAUAGACUACUUAAAUUGCAAUUAGAAUGAGUUGUGGGCAUAUUUAUCAUAUAAAAUGUUUGGAAAUGUCCAUAAAACAAACUUAUUUUUGUCUAAAUUGUUUAAAUCACUUCAAUACUUCUAUUGUUCAAUUUUAAGUUUAAGAUUCGGAAUAAAUCAAAAUAAUAUAAAAUAAAGAAUCCUUCAGGUGGACCUUAAAAGAAUUAGAAAUAAGAAAACCUUAAUUAUUACUUGAAAUAUCAAAACACGAAAAAAUUGAUAGAGAUUAUGCCAAAGUAAUAGAGAAUUUACAUGAAAUGAUUAAAGAAUUCUUGAAAACAGCUAAAGAUUCAUAAGAAGUUAGUGGAACACCUUAAAAUCAAUAAGAUUUAAAUCUAGAUUUAAUAAAGCAAAAAAGUCCAAAUUUUGAUCAUAUCUCGAAUGAAAUAAUGUGUUUGAACUCAUUAUUUAAAGAUGAAAGCAAAGUUCCUCAAACAUAUGAUAACAUAAUCUACUUUGUAGACAUAUGUUACCCUUAGAAUCAUUGCUUAAAUGCAUUAGAAUAGAAUUUGUAAAAUCUAAUGACAAAGAGAGAGAAAUUGAGUUAAAGAUGGGAGCUUUUAGAAGAAUAAUUGCAGAUGACAGAAAAUCGAUUAGUAGACAGGUAUAAAUGGAGAGAGGAGUAAUAAAAUAAAAGAAUGGGAAUCAGAAGAAAACCUCCUUAAACAGAUACUAAAAGUUUAAAUGAAAGAAUGAAUAGCUUUCUAGGAUUUCCAAACAAUAUGAAAUAAUACUUAAACAAAUUUUAACAGAAAGAUUAAUAGAGCGAUAACUCUGAUGAAUAUUCUUAAACAGAUGAUUUUUUCUGA